AUGGCAAGCUUGUCAGGAAUACUGAGAGAUGGAUCUCUCAACUUGACUCCCUAUGAGGAUUUGUACAAGCAUUUCCACGCUCAUCCCGAACUCUCCCUGCAAGAAAAAGCCACAUCCGAAAAAAUCACAGAACAUCUAUCUCAAUUAAACGCCUAUGAGCUUUAUACCAAUAUCGGCGGUUAUGGACUGGCAGGUGUUCUGAGAAAUGGCCCUGGAAAGACCAUUCUUCUGCGUGCAGAUAUGGACGCGCUUCCCGUCAGGGAACUCACCGGUCUCCCAUACGCGAGCACCGUCACCAUGCGCGAUGCUAAUGGCAUCGAAAGGCCUGUGAUGCACGCAUGUGGCCACGACAUGCACAUAACUUGUCUUCUGGCAGCGGCUGAAACUCUCGCGAAAAUCCAGGACAAGUGGAGCGGUACUUUAAUCGUGCUAUUCCAGCCGGAUGAAGAACGGGGUGGAGGUGCGCAGGCUAUGGUUGACGAUGGACUUUAUUCAAAGGUCCCGAUUCCGGAUUACGUGUUUGGCCAGCAUGUGAUGCGGUUGCGUGCUGGAAGCGUCGGCUCACGUCCCGGUACGAUUAUGGCUGCCGCAGACAGCCUCAAGAUCACCGUGUUUGGUCGCGGUGGGCAUGGUUCGCUACCACAUCAAACAGUUGACCCUGCCCUUCUCGCUGCGCAUAUUGUUGUGCGGUUGCAAGGUAUCGUCAGCAGAGAGGUAGACCCAAGUGACCUCGCUGUUGUGACGGUUGGAAGCCUACAGGCUGGGCAGACAGAAAACAUCAUUGCGGAUCGCGCUGAAAUUGGGCUUGAUUUCCGGACUGUGAAACUGGAGACACGACAGAAAAUUGUCGCUGCUAUUCAGCGAAUUGUCGAGGCUGAAUGCAUGGCUAGCGGUUCACCGAAGCCGCCUAUCUUCACUCCGACGCGUCGUUUCCCACCAACCUUGAAUGAUAGUGAGGUUGCAUCUAAGCUUGCCACCUCCUUCGGAGAUCAUUUUGAGGAUUUCGAUGGAAAUACGCCAAGAACCAAUGUGAGCGAAGACUUUUCUACCCUAGGCACUUGCAAAGAUCUGCCAUGUUGCUUCUGGUUCAUCGGGGGCAUUGAUCCCGAACUUUGGGAUCAAGCGCAGAGAGGAGACAGCACCACAGAGGAGAUACCUGGUAAUCACUCGGCUCUGUUUGCACCUGUUAUACAGCCAACAAUGAAGGCCGGAGUGGAUGCACUUUGCCUCGCAGCAUUGACCUUUUUAAAAAAGUAA